AUGGAUUUUCUCGUGCUUUGUUCGGAGAAUUGCGAGACAGGUGCAGCUGCAUAUAGCGCGGGUUUGCGAGUCGAUCGACCGGCUCUUUCCCGUUGCGGUCCCAUACGGUGCGAUCCUUCUACUCAUUUUGCCUGGCUGAUGACAAUGGUGAUGAGUGGUGCUGUUCGGGUGGGGCAUGCGGUGUGGGCUAUCGUUGAUAUCGCAGGGAGUCAAAAGAGCGUGGACUCGAUGGCUUUACGACCUGAGUAG